AUCUGUGGAUAGGAUUUGAGGGCGGGUCGAUGGAAGUGGGCGUCUCACCGUCACAUAUUUAAGAGUUGGGGUGCCAGCUGAUGUCACUACGCAGAGACCGUAAUCGACUGGGGCGGUGCUCAUGCCAACAUGACACAGAGAGCACUCGCCUCUUUUUUUCCACACCCAUCUGACCAUUAAAGAGGCUAACUCAGAUCGUCCUUCAUCCAGUCUCCAGGAGCUUAGAUUGCAACUUUUCUUUUUCUUUUUUUUUUUUUUGGUCCUCUUCCCAACUCGUCGCCCUAACGAGUGUAAUUUGUGUGCACUAGUUAAUGAGCAUUAAUCCAACACGCCCUGGAUGCCAUUGUUGCAGCGGGGCUGCCAUUUGAAUGCAAAUGUAUGAAGCGGGUGGCAGCAAGGUGCUUAUUAAACGUAUGUGUCCUCCUGUCUUUUCUGCUGGAAGCACGAGUGAGUGAAAAGGCAACUCCAAGAAGCAAGUCGGAUAUCCCGGGAUAUUGCAAGCCUGUAAAUUGUGUUCCGCUACAACGAGGACGAAAACUUUCCAGCAAAUGUCAGGCGCCGGCUCUCUGGAGACGGUGAUGUCCUGCGGAAGGACCGGACCUUCCGCGGCUCCCAAGACUCUCGCCUUCUCAAUAGACCGAAUCAUGUCCAAGAGCUCGGAGCCGAAAAUGAGCGCGGAGGAGCGGUCGGAGAGUAAGAAGCUGCUCGGACUCUGCUCCCCAAUCCCUUGCAUGAUUCCGCUGCAGCCUUUCGGCUACGACCUCCAGGCCAAGGCCCUGAUGAACUACUCGGAGCUUUGGAGAGCGAGUCUCAGGGGAGGCUUUUGCGGCUCCGCGAGCGCGCCGUGCAAGGGAAGCUGCGGCGUGUGCGCUAAAAUAGACUCCGGGCUGAAGCAGCCCGUGUUGACGACGGGAAGCAGGGUCGUGAAACCGCAGGUGAUCCACCAGGCUGUGGCCAUGCCAAGUGGCGGCUCUCUCUAUUAUCUCAACUACCUGGACUCUGCCUAUCCUCAGUCGGACUUUCUGGCGGGACACUGGGUGAACAGCCCACACGCUCAGGCCUCCAUCUCCACUCACCACAGACUUUUCCUCUUGGAAAAUGCCAAACUACCCGCGGGGGCUGACAAGAUUCCCACCCAUCAGUAUCCUCACAAGGAGCACCUUCCGGGGCAGCUGGAUCAGAUCGUGAAAGAGAACCACAAUGUGAGCGGCGAAAAAAACGGCUUCAAGACUCAUAAACUUAGCAGCAGCGGCGGCAGCGGCAGCACUGGAGACGGAAAGCCUAAAAAUUUCACGUGUGAAGUGUGUGGAAAGGUUUUUAAUGCUCACUACAAUCUGACCAGACAUAUGCCGGUGCACACGGGGGCCCGUCCCUUCGUGUGUAAAGUGUGCGGGAAAGGGUUCCGACAGGCCAGCACCUUGUGCAGGCACAAGAUCAUCCACACACAAGAAAAACCACAUAAAUGCAACCAGUGCGGAAAAGCGUUCAACAGAAGCUCCACGUUGAACACACACGUUCGGAUCCACGCCGGGUACAAACCUUUCGUGUGCGAGUUCUGCGGCAAAGGAUUCCACCAAAAAGGUAAUUACAAGAACCACAAACUGACUCACAGUGGGGAGAAGCAGUACAAGUGCUCCAUUUGCAACAAGGCCUUCCAUCAGAUCUACAACUUGACCUUCCACAUGCACACACACAAUGACAAGAAGCCGUUCACCUGUGCCACCUGUGGGAAGGGCUUCUGCCGUAACUUUGACCUGAAGAAACACAUCAGAAAACUGCAUGACAGCUUCUCUUCCGCAACAGAUAGAGAAGCCAGAGAGCUCCAGAGCUGAAUCAAUCCCCUAAAUCUCCAUAUGCAUUGCAACCAGGCUAUGCGAGGCCUCAAACAGACUGCCUUAUGCUCUACAUGUGUCACCAAGAUGUACAGAUAUGAAUGGUCCAGAAAGAAGGUGGAGACCGUUCAGUCAUACCCUCGAUCAUGUUCAGUCAAGUCAAAUAGCCAACCUCAAGAAAAUAAAGACCUUUUUUUUCUGUCAAGAAACCUGUUGUCUGAUGCCUGUUAUAAGCAUCACACAGGAAGAGGAAUGAUUAAAUUGUACAUAUAGGGAAAUAUUAUUUAAGAGAUGAAUAAUUUGAGGUGCACCUCUUUAUGUUGUACAUUUCACUCACUGAAUUCGUUCAUGUUAAUGCAUAAGUUCUAAGUUAUAAUAAUGAAUGUUUGAGCCACGUUGUUUCCAUUAGUGAAAAGCUUGAAAAUAAAACUUGAAAAGA